CUGAGCGAACACAACAUAGGCAGGCCACCAACAAAGUGACUAUUAUCCAUAACCUGGAAAACAGGUUUUACAGCAAGUGAUCAUGGUAUGGUGGAUCUUCAGCUCAAGAGGUUGCUUGGGACCUAAAGUAUAUUCUGAGGUACCAGAUGGUGGAUGGGGUUGGGUUGUGGCUGUAGCCUUUUUUAUUGUGGAGGCCUUCACAUAUGGAGUCAUUAAAAGCUUUGGGAUAUUCCUCAAUGAUCUGAUUGGCGAAUUUAAUGAAACCAACAGUCGUGUUUCAUGGAUAAUCUCAAUAUGUGUGUUUGUAAUGACUUUCACAGCACCAUUGUCAACUGCGCUCAGCAACAGAUUUGGUUUCCAGGCUGUUGUGAUCAUUGGAGGACUCCUAAUUUCCCUAGGAACAAUAUGCACUGCAUUCACCAGCUGCAUAAACCAGAUUUACAUCACAAUUGGGAUAGUUGCAGGACUCGGAUACUGUUUGACAUUUCUCCCUACUGUCACCAUCCUGUCCCAGUACUUUAGCAGACGUCGGUUCCUAGUCACCUCCGUGGCCUCCACAGGAGAAUCUUUUGCAAUAUUUGCCUUUGCACCUGUGUUUACAGCAAUUAAGACACAUAUUGGCUGGAGAUACACAAUGGUGGUACUUGGAAUGUUGCAGGGUUCCAUACUUGUCUGUGGACUUCUGCUUCGCCCCAUCAUAAUCAAGCCAAAGACUACAGAAAGUUCUACCAAACCGCUAAGAAGACAGGACAUUAAAAACUCUGUCUGUGAUACUGAACUUAGUGGCUCAAAACGUUCCAGAGAUUCAGGGGUGCAGUCAUUCAAGGAGCAGGAACCGGGCCUCCAAACGGAAGGACAGCAAGAAGAUGGAGGCACUUUUCAGACUCAUCGAUGUCAACAGGAUAGGCAGCGCAAUAACAAACUUUUGGACUUUUCUGUAUUGAGGGAAGGUAGCUUCUUAUGUUAUGCUGGAUUUGGCCUUUUUGCAACACUGGGCUUCUUUGCCCCACAGCUAUAUGUUGUAGAGCUUAGUGCAAGUAUGGGAACUGAAAGGAACAAGGCAGCUUACAUGCUGUCAAUAAUGGCAGUGGCAGAGAUCUUUGGACGACUGUCCAUUGGCUGGAUCCUGAGUUGUGGAUGCAUUAGGAAAAUAUUUGUCCUACUUGGGUGUGUGUUGCUGAUAUGUCUAGUGUUAGUGCUCUUCACACUGGUAGAGGGCUUCUGGGGCCUGGCAGUCUGCUGCAUCUUGUAUGGCUACCUGUUGGGCAAUAUUGCAUCUACACACAUCCCCAUGAUGGCUGAGGAUGAUGUAGUGGGCAUUGACAGAAUGCCCUUAGCUGUAGGUGUCUAUGUAUGCAUCCAGAGCUUUGCAGGACUUGCUGGGCCACCUUUAGGAGGUUUUUUGGUGGACAUCACACAGAACUACAGCUCUGCUUUUUACUCCUGUGCUGCUGGUACAGGGAUUGGUGCACUCUUUCUAGGAAUGGUACGUCCAGCAAAGACUGUUGUUCUGUGCACAAAGAAAGAUCUCAGCACUUGCCAAACAAGCCGUGCUGUUGAAUACAAGGGUCAGGACAAGGUCAUGUCUGAGGAAUUUCGAGAGGUGGACAAUCUCCCUAAUCCACAAGGUCAAUCUUAAAAAAUACAGCCCCCUGUUUAUAGUUGGCAAAGAUUCAGAAACUGGCAAAUGUGUGGAUGUCUGAGCAUAGAACAGCAUCAAACUAAGCUGAGGUACAUUUCAAUCAUUACCUGUUUUUAAAAAAUACUUUAAAGGACAGAAAAACAGCAAUAUCCUUUAAAAAAGAGUUGCAAAGUUUGAAUAUUUGAGAUAGAAGAAGCUUGAGGAUGAAAAUGUUGUUCUCUGUUCCUAUCUAGAUAGUACAGUAUGAGGCAGUUGUCCAUCAUGUCUAUAUUCAGCCAUAUCAGUUGAAGAGAAGAUUUCAGGUUGCCCAAGAGAUCCAUCCUAUAUGUCCAGUCAUGUAAAACAAUUCUUUUAAGCUAGAAAGCUCUUGUUGAGAAGCCCCUACUCUCAUGCUUCUAUAGAACCCAGAUCUUUAACUAAACAAAAAGCUGACAGUGAAGUGAGUCACUGUUAAAUCCAGAUGAAAAUGUAAUGUAACAUGACUAAGAACGGAUUAAACAUUAAAAUAUGUUUAUCUGGAAACCAAGCACAAUGGACACUAGUCAAAAACGGCUUUGAUGUGUUUUAUGGAAGUUUGAAAAUAGAACUGAAAACCUGAUGUGAUGUACUAUUUAGUUUAAAUGCAAAAUAUGCAGAAAGAUCAGUUUUAAUGGACCAAUAACUGUGAUAAAACAAAACCAACCAACAUUUGGUAGUACACUUAUUGUGCACAUGAACAAAUAAUCACUUUUUAAGUAGACAAUAUAAUAUUAUUUAAUAGUUAAUUAUAAUGCAAACUAUGCUGAAAACCAAGUUGCAACUUUUUCAAUUAGAUAAUAACUGGCCAUAUUACACAGUGUUAAAUAAUCCAAGUUAUUUUUUUUACUAUUUAAGAAACUAGCAAUUUAGAAUUCAUAGUUCAGUGGUUAAAUGAACAAGGUGGUUGGAUGGGAAAACAGGGUAUGUUGUCAUGUCUUUUGUUACACAGUUCAUGACCAACACUAGGAGUCUUGAUUAAAAAACAAUACUUUUGAGUAUGUAUUCUAAAGUCAAUUUCCAUAGACAUGUACUCAAAGUAACUCCAAAAAGAUGAAAAAGAAAAAUUAUUUUUGAACAUAUUUAAACAUUUUAGUCCCAAGCAAGGCAUCCGGGGGACAACCUGUAUGCAGAUCAGAUGGCCUACUGUGGCUACCCCUUGCCAGAAGCAACCAAAAGACCAUUGAAAACAACAUAUUAUAGUAAUUAUACACAGUAUGUGCAUGUUUCUACUAACAAACUGGAUUCACGCUUUAGUGUGUAAGGCACAAAAUAGUCAUAUGUAUGCACACAAACUCACAUACACAUGAACACACAAUGCCAUGUACCCCUUUUAGAUGUGGUCCUAGUGGCUAUUAACUACUUAACUGUCUGUAACAACAUACAGAAAUAAGAUAGGAAGAUAUAUUAAAUAACCAUAUACUGUAUUACUGAAAUUUUAUUAUUUUAUAUGUAUGAUAUUUGUACUGUCUCUUGGCCAAGAAAUGUAAGACAAAGAGAAAAGUGUGACAAUUUACCCUGCUCUCCUCACAU